UUUAUCAGACUGAGGUGUUGGAAUGCAGCAGCCAUUCUUCACAUUACUGGCGUGUCAAACUUUUCGGUAUAAAAGAGCUUGAGGCUCAACUGAAAGUAUACAGACAACGACACAGAGAAGACAGAAGAACAGCAAAAAAAGUCAGGAAACAUGAAAUCGUUUGACAUUCCUCUAGUCUGCCUUAUCUUACUCUUCAGCGUUCAGCUCACAGGCGCACACCCGCUACAAAACUCAGCCUUAACCACAGAGGACAUGGAUGUAUUAAAGUUUCUUCUACAGAGACUGGAAGAGUCCAUUCCUGCGUCUUCUCAAGACCAAAUACUGGCGAAAGUGGAAGAAGAAGCGGCACGAGAAGAAACCAUCGCUGAAACUUAUCCCAAGACUGACAUGAGAUACUAUCUGUCUGCUCGGGACUUGAGGACAGUCCGACAGGACUCCAAGAGAUCCUCUGGGUGUUUCGGGAGCAGACUAGACAGAAUCGGUUCCAUGUCGUCCCUGGGAUGUAACACUGUCCGGCGGUCAGGUAACGACUUCAUUUCUAUAUCGCACAGCUACAGUUAAUAGGAACAUAGAAUACGUUGAA